CGCUAAACCCAUCCUAAACGGAACUCGUACCUAAACCUUACGGCGCGCAGCGCCAACACCUGCAGUCUUAAAACACAUCCUAAGCCUCAGUAGUGCUCCUUAACCUCAUGACCUCAUGAUUCAUGUUGGUUCCGUUUAGGGCACUGCAGGUUUAGCGAGAGGGUUAGGGUCCCAAACGACUUGAUGACAUUUUGGAAUUGAGCGCUGAGCCUGACUAAUCUGUGUUUGCAGAGUUUACGUCCGAAGUUUGCCAAUAGUACUUAUUGUGGACGAUAUCAUCAUUGCAGACUCCAACACAGCCUUGGCAAUUGCUUUAGCGACGCCCAGAUCUUUCUCCGCUCAUAAAUAAGAUGACAUGACAUGCACCUUCGUGCGCAAAACCCUUUGUUUUCUGCCUCUCAAUGGAGGCCAAGUAUUCGGCUGAUGAUAUCGCAGCGGCGAUGAGUCUGCAGAUUUCCUCGUACAUAUAUACAUCAAUGGCUACAUUCUGGACCUAUGGCUAUAUUUGUUCUCUUCACGAGGAGUGGACGUUCUUGCUUCUAUCGCGCUGGACCAAGGUAAAAUACCUCUACGUUAUUGCACGAUAUGUGCCGCUUUUCCUCUUCACCAGUCAUCUCUACAUGAACUUCACCCCGGACGAGAACCCCAAUAGAUGCCUGGUGCUCAACCACGUUUGCUCAUGUUUUAGCUUGUUAUUAGUCAUUUGUUCCGAAACAUUUUUUAUCCUCAGAACGUAUGCGCUUUGGAACAAUAGUAGAAUCGUACUCGCAGCCUUGCUGACUGCCUUCCUGGCUGCUGGCGUAGCAUCCGUCGGUCUGUUAUUUGGCUCAAGUGGAACCGUACCAUUUCGGACCAGCCCAAUCCCAGGCAUUACGGGCUGCUACCAGCCUUCAGACAGUAUCGGGUUUUUCGUACCAUAUGUUCUCCUAUCUGCGCUUGAACUAGGACUCAUCUCCCUCACUCUCGUACGCGCCCUGCAGGCCUGGCGGACGGCUAACACCCAUUUAUUUGCUGUCCUGUUCAAACAUAAUAUAUUUUAUUAUGCAUGCGGUCUGUUUUGUUCGGUGUUAAAUGUCCUUGCAUCACUGCUUCUCCAUCACGCGUACAAGGCCAUGUUCCAAGAUUUCCAAUUCAUCAUCCUCGCGAUCCUCGCCACACACAUGCAUCUCUAUCUUUGGCAUAUGGACCGGCACCUGCAUGGCUCUGAUACCCUCACGCUCAUUCCUCUGUCCAAAAUUUCAUAUGGUGUCGCGGGGAGUUCUAGCGCAGGUUCUGCAGAGAGUGGCGCGGUGACUGGAUCUGGUUCAUAAUGAAAUUUCGUAUGUCAGUAGUCGGUCAUCCAUCCACCCACUGGUUUAAAGCAUGCUCGCGCAUGUAUUGCAUAUCAUAGGGCACCGUCCCGGCCUGUGCAACUUCUUGCUACCUGUUC